CUAACAUGCAAUGGACACAGAGAGAACAUACUGGAGCACAGCUUCAUUUAGAAACAAGGCAACCAAACAGACAGAAUGCUUUUUGUUGCCGUCUUUGUUCUACUUGCUGCUUUUGCUGCUGCUGACCGACAGCCUCAAUAUUCGUUCUCCCCACCGGUGGGGGAUGGAAACGGCAACUCUUACAUGAUAACAGGAGAGGGACGGAUCACUGCUGUGAGAGUUUGGGAUAGUUAUUGGAGCUUCAUCAGAGGCAUCCAGUUUCGAUAUGGUUACAUCUGGUCCCCUGUUGCUGGUCAUGUAUCCGGUGAAGCCAAGGAGAUUGAGUUGUUUGAAGGAGAAGCCAUUGUCCAGAUUUCUGGAAAGUAUUCCCACCAUUUGUCUUCUGUGGUUUUUACUACCAACCGGGGUCGCUCCCUGCAUGCCGGUCAGCCCUCUGGCUAUUCCUUCAACAUGUACCCCAAACACCCCCAGGCAGAGCUGCUCUUCAUCAGCGGCCGGUUUGACAGCGGGAUAACCUCCCUGGGAACCCAUUGGGCGAUUAUCAAUCCAUCCUCCAAUCCAUCCAAUAAAACAAAAGGACAUUAAAGAGAAGAUGAGGGGACAACAUAAAUUAAGGGCUCUAUAAUUGCACUGUUGAAUAAUGAAGUGGUAAUUUAGAUAUGUGGGAAUUCUUUCAAUUAAUCAUUUACUAAUCAUUUAAAAAUAUGUGUUUAAAUAUAACAGUUUCUUAUCAUCAGAUGUGUUUGUUUUACUGCACAAAUAAAAAUGGAAAAAUGGGAUAUUCACAUCCAUAUACAGUGUUAAUGAAACAUUAAAAUCUGUGAUUACUUUUUAAAUUAAAGUUCCUAUUUUUUCUGAAAAUGCUAAACAUGAUAAUGUUGUUAAGUUAACCUGAAACAAUAUUUAUAAAUAAAUCUACCUCGCUUUAUAUAGAAAUCUCCUGUUCUUUAUUCUGGCUCUGUUACAAUUUUUAUUUUAGAGCAAGUUUAUGUGUUUUGGUAUCUAUGUGGUCAGAUUAAGACCGACACGUGACAAUCGAUUGAUUGAAAUGAGGUGUUUAUGCAUCCAUGUUAUACAUUGACUUUUU